AUGUUUCCGGAGAACUACAAGUUCGAACUUAGCAAUGGCAAGGCUAUUGGAUUUUCGUACCCUUGCACAAUGCUUAAUCACCUCGUCCAUGCCGAGUUCACCAAUCAUCAAUGCCACGAUCUUGAUCCCGAAGCACGCCUUUACGAAGUCCACAGCGAGAACUCAAUUUUCUUCGAGCUUGAUGGCCCCUACAAAGCCAUGAUUCUGCCUUCAUCGAAAGAGGAAGACAUUCAAUCAGGCCGAAUUGAAAGGUUUUGA